CGGAGCGGAGCGGGGCGGGGUCUCUGUCGGACCUGUUGUGCGGCUCUCGGUGCGGAUCGUGCAGGUUUGUGUCUCCUCUGGACUCUGUGCGGGUUUUCUGGAAGUGGCACCGGGCCGGUCGGACCCCGGCGGACCACAGAGCUGCCCGCCGAGCUCAGGAAACGUCCUCCUGAUGAAGAACGUUCCUCCUCUUCCUCCUCAGAGACGCAGCACGUUGCCUCAACAGGUAAAGAGGAGCUGCCAUGUUGGCCUCCUCCAUCCCCCCGUCACUCCUCCUCCUCCUCCUCCUCCCCCCUCCCUCCCACCCUGCUGAUGUCAUCAAGCUACACGGCGCCCCCCUCUCUCAUCUGGUGCUGGACCCGGGGGCGGGGCGGCUCUACGUGGGCGGGGUCGACCACUUGUACCAGCUGACCUCUGACCUGGAGGUGAUGUCCCACGUGAGGACCGGUCCUCAAAUGGACUCCCCAGACUGCCUCCCCCCGAUCAACCCACAGGACUGCCCCUCGGCCACGCCCACUCACAACCACAACAAACUGCUGCUGAUGGAGGCGGGGGCGGAGCCAGGGAGCCUCAUCGUGUGUGGUUCACUCUACCAGGGGAUCUGUGAUAAGAGGAGUCUUUCCAACAUCUCUCAGCUCAUCUAUCAGACCUCCAACCCCGUCGACACUCAGUACGUUGCUGCCAACGACCCUCGAGUCUCCACCGUGGCCGUGGUGAUAACAACAGAGACCAAACAGGAAGGGGGUGGGGCUGGUGGUGUCCUGCGUUUGAUGCUGGUUGGUCGAGGUUACACCAGUAAAGGUCCCGGUGAUAUCCCACCAAUCACAACGCGGCGUCUGUUCCCAGUGGUGCCACCUCGCCGUGCGUUCUCUCAGGAGGAGGAACUUGGAAAACUUGUUGUAGGGAGUUACUCUGAGUAUAACAACCACUUUGUGAAGGCUGUCGCCCACGGCACCCACGUGUACUUCCUGUUCUCUCGGCGGGACAUGUGGCACAAGAAGGAGUACCGGACGUACGCCUCACGGCUCUGCAUCGCCGACCGAAGCUUCUACUCGUACGUGGAGGUGCCGCUGCAGUGCAAUGGGUACAACCUGGCUCAGGGAGCGUGGUUAGGGAACCACUCAGGUGAGCCUGCCCUGUUUGUCGUCAUGGCAGCCGGACAGGCGUCCACACCUGUAGCCACAGGUCGCUCAGCACUGUGUGUUUAUGGGAUGGCGGAGCUGGACGCCAUGCUGCAGAGAGCACAGAAGGUGUGUUACACAGAGGGAGGGCGAGGCAGCAGCGGACAGGAAGAGGCCUACAUCGAAUACGCCGUGUCAUCAAAGUGUCUCAAACUACCAAAGGAAUCUGUGAAAGAGUACCCCUGUGGGGGAGAACACACGCCGAACCCCAUCGCCAGCACCGUGCCACUCCCAGCCAUACCUACCUUCACCGCCACCACCCAGCUGACUGCUGUCACCACGGCAACAGAGGCAGGGCACACCAUCGCCUUCCUGGGAGACCGAGAGGGACGACUUCACAAGGUGUUGGUGCACUCUGAUGGGUCAGGUGACCUGUACGGCAGUGUGUUAGUGGACAGCAGCAGUGCCAUCAGCGCUGACCUCCUAUUGGACGACAGCCAGCAGCAUGUUUAUGUUUUAACCAGCAGCAGGCUGACGAAGGUUCCCGUCUCAUCAUGUGAGAGACAGACAGACUGUCAGUCCUGUCUCGCCGUCAGAGACCCAUACUGUGGCUGGUGUGUCCUGGAGGGGAGAUGUUCCCGUAAACAUCAGUGUCAGCGCCACGCGCAGCCCAACCAUUGGCUCUGGAGCUUUGAACCAACCAAUCAGUGUGUGACGGUGCAGAGCCUGCAGCCGGCCAAUCAGAGCAAAGACGAGCAGACACAGGUAACCCUGUCAGUCGUCCAGCUUCCUGCCCUCACAGAGGCGGAGUCUCUGUCCUGUGUCUUCGGCCUCCUCCCACCCCAGCCCGCCAUUGUCACAGGCACCAGCAUCACCUGUCAGUCACCUGCCCCAGAGCUCCUCCCACCCAUGCUGACAGGAAGUGAUCACAUGAUCCUGCCCGUGUCACUGAUGUUUGGUCAUGUGACCAUCACCAUGGGAAACCUGACCUUCUACGACUGUGGAGCUGUGAGCCGCCUGAACCAGAGCUCCCAGUGUCUGGCCUGUGUCAACAGUGUGUGGAGGUGUAACUGGUGUCCUCUGGAUCAGCUCUGUACUCACAACCACAGCUGUCCCAACCAACACAUCAUCCUCAACCAGAGGGACUCUCCUGGUCCCACGUCCUGUCCUCUGGUCUUCGCCCUGCAGAGUUCUGCCUUGGUGCCGUUGGGUCUGAGCACCACUGUGGUGCUGCGGGGACGAAACCUGGACGUGUACACGGAUGAAGCUCAGUAUGUGUGUGUGGUGGAAAUCGAAGGAGUUCAGUUUAAUCUGACGGCAGCUGUAGAGAAAACACACGACAACACACACACCUUCACCUGCAGCCCACACCAGUUUCAGUAUGCUGUCAGUCAGCUUCAGUACUCCACUGCUGUCUACCUGCGUAGAGGAGAGAGACGCAUCGACACCUCACCUGGCCUCCAACUCCAGCUGUACGACUGCUCAGCCGGCCAAUCAGAUUGCUCACAGUGCAGGGCGGUGCCGGAGGAGUACGGCUGCGUUUGGUGCUCAGGAAGCCCCGCCCCCAGCUGCGUCUACAACCAGUCCUGUACCAGUGGACCUGCAGACACCUGCCCGCCUCCUUUGAUCACACAGGUGCUUCCCAUCUCUGGUCCUCUGGAGGGCGGAGUCAUGGUGACCAUCACAGGGUCCAACCUGGGCAUGAAGUACCAGGAUGUGUUGGGCGGAGUCACAGUGGCAGGUGUUCAGUGUACGGCCCAACCUGAAGGAUACCAGAUUUCCACCAGGGUUGUGUGUGAGCUGCAGUCCAGUGGGAAGCCGAGGGAGGGGCCUGUGCUGGUUACCGUGGGAACAACUCCACCUGGAAGGUCAACACAGAUCUUCACCUAUCAGGACCCUCAGCUCCUGGAUCUGGUUCCUGAUAAAGGUCCGGUCUCUGGAGGAACAAGACUUACAAUUAGAGGACGACAGCUGCUGACGGGACAGAAGUCCGACCUGAGCGCCUUCCUGGGACCCCAACCGUGCUACAUUGUGGAGGAGGUGACUGACACCCAGUUGGUGUGUCAGACUGGUUCCAGUUCUCAGACCAGUGAGGUUCCACUUCGGGUUCUGUUUGGUAAAGCGGAGAGAACCGUUCCCAACGUCACCUUCCGUUACCUUGACGACCCCGUCAUCACUGAUGCCACACCUGCAGAGAGCUUCUAUGCAGGUGGGCGUGUCGUCAUGGUGACCGGCAGGAACCUAGGCGUCGUGCAGCAGCCAGUCAUAUCGGUGUGGGUGGAGCCUGUGGAGAUCCAGAGGGUGAAACGGAAGAAACGAUUGGCUCUGCUCACCGCCAAGCAGCAGCUGGUCUUCAACAGCACCAUGACAACCGUGUCAGAGCGCUGCGCCGUCCAGUCGUCCUCUCAGAUGACCUGUCUGACCCCCUCGGUGUCCCAAGAUGUCAAAGUGAAGGGUGUCUGGUUCCAGUUGGACAACGUCCGAGUCCACUAUGAGACCAUCAAGGGUAAAAGCUUCACGUAUUAUCCGAACCCGGAGUUCUUCCCUCUGAACAAAGAAGAUCCAGACGCUCCAUAUCGCUUCAAACCAGGAGGAGUGAUCGCUGUGGAGGGUCAGGACCUGACCAGAGCCAUAUCCAGACAGGAAGUGACAGCUCGACUCGGAGAUCAGGAGUGUGAAGUGAAAACUCUGGACAACACUCACCUGUACUGUGAACCUCCAGAGACCCAACCAAUGAGUGUGGACGACACCAACCAGCUGCCCAGCCUCAAGGUGUUCAUGGGGAACCUGGAGGUGGACCUGGGCUUGGUUCAGUACGACAGUGAUUCUUUGCCUGUCGUCCCAUUGGCUGCUCAGAUUGGUCUGGGGGCAGGAGCAGCUGUCAUCAUCCUGUCAGUGCUGGUCGUCAUCCUCAUGUACAGGAGGAAGAGUAAACAGGCUCUCAGAGAUUAUAAGAAGGUUUUACUGCAGUUGGAAACUCUGGAGAUCAACGUGGGAGACCAGUGUCGCAAAGAGUUCACUGACCUGAUGACUGAGAUGAUGGACCUGAGCAGUGAUGUAGGAGGACCUGGACUCCCCCUGCUGGACUACAGGACGUACGCAGAGAGAGUCUUCUUCCCUGGCCAGCAGGUGGCGCCGCUGAGCCGCCAGCUGGACCUCCCGGAGUCCAGGAGGCAGACUGUGGAGCAGGGCCUCCAACAGCUCAACAACCUGCUCAACAACCGACUCUUCCUCACCAGGUUCAUCCACACUCUGGAGGCCCAGCAGGGUUUCUCUCAGAGAGACCGAGGUUACGUUGCCAGUCUGCUCACUAUGGCCCUGCACGAUAAGCUGGAGUAUUUCACCGAGGUCAUGAAGAGUCUACUGCAGGACCUGGUCCAGCAGUACGUUGCCAAGAACCCCAAACUCAUGCUACGCCGGACAGAGACAGUUGUAGAGAAGAUGUUGACCAACUGGAUGUCGAUCUGUCUCUACUCCUUCCUCAAGGAGGUGGCGGGGGAGCCUCUCUACAUGCUCUACAGAGCCAUAAAGUAUCAGGUGGAUAAAGGACCCGUCGACACGGUGACCGGUAAAGCCAAACGAACGCUGAAUGACAGCCACCUGCUGCGAGAGGACAUCGACUACUGCUCAGUGACUCUGACAGUGUUGGUGAAGAACGGAGUCGAGGUUCAGCCUUGUCCUGUUAAAGUGCUCGAUACCGACACUAUUACACAGGUGAAGGAUAAGAUCCUGGAUCAGGUGUACAGAGGAGCUCCGUUCUCUCAGAGACCAUCAGCAGACAGUCUGGACCUAGAGUGGCGUUCAGGUCAGGCGGGUCACCUGACCCUGUCGGAUGAUGAUGUCACAGCUGUGGUUCAAGGUCGCUGGAAACGACUCAACACUCUGCAGCACUACAAGGUUCCAGACGGAGCAACAGUCGCUCUGAUUCCUCGCUCUCAGAGUUCAGGUGGAGUUGGAGUCAACCAGGUUUUCCAGACUGGAGAGAAAACGCCAAUGCUAGAGGGCGAGGAGGAGGAGGGUCUGCGUCUGUGGCACCUGGUGAAGAGCAGCGAAGAUCCGGAGAUCCCAAAACACAGAAAGAGCAGCAUGAGGGAGCGGGAGAGGGCCAAGGCCAUACCUGAGAUUUACCUGACCAGACUGCUGUCCAUGAAGGGGACGCUGCAGAAGUUUGUGGACGAUGUCUUCGUGGCGAUCCUCAGUACGAAGCGUCCUCCUCCAAUCGCCGUCAGAUUCUUCUUUGACUUCCUGGACGACAUGGCUGAAAAACACGGCAUCGACGACCCAGAGACCGUCCACAUCUGGAAGACUAACAGUCUCCCUCUCAGGUUCUGGGUGAACAUCUUGAAGAACCCUCAAUUUGUUUUGGACGUUCAGGUAACCGACAGCAUCGACGCCGUUCUGUCCGUCAUCGCUCAGACCUUCAUCGACUCCUGCACCACCUCCGAGCACAAAGUGGGACGGGACUCUCCUGUCAACAAGCUGCUGUACGCCAGAGAGAUCCCCCGCUACAAACAGCUGGUGGAGAGGUAUUACAGUGAUAUCCACAGCGCUGCAUCAGGCUGUUAUCAGGAGAUGAACUCCACUCUGACUGAAUUGUCCGGGAGUUUUGCCUCAGAGAUGAACAGUCUUGUUGCUCUUCAUGAACUCUACAAGUACAUCAACAAAUAUUACGACCAGAUCAUCAUGUCUCUGGAGGAGGACAGUUCAGGUCAGAAGAUGCAGUUGGCCUAUCGGCUGCAGCAGGUCGCCGCCCUGGUGGAGAACAAGGUCACCGACCUCUGAUGACCUCUGAUGACCUCCAACCCAGUGACCCUGAAGACACUCGGAGCUCCCACUGAGGAAGAGGAGGAUAAUGAAGCUUCUUCAGCAGCUCUGAGAGACUGAAAUUCUGGAAUUCAUGGACUCUUGUUAACACUGUGUCUUCCUGCUGUGUGUGUGUGUGUGUGCGCGUGUGCGUGUGUGUGCAUCGGGGAUAUACGAGGUUUUUAUAGUCAGACUCAGGAGAUCCCAGUUCUUUAGAUUCCUACGCUCCACAGCAGCACUCAGAGUAAACCUGAACUAAACCUGAACCUGGCGGUGGAUGACCUCACACCUGCCGGCAGUGAAAAAAACGACAAUCUAACCAAUCAGAUCAAAGAGCAUCAUCAAGACCUGCUGCCUUGCACUACAUUUCCCAGGAUUCCCUGCUGUCCUGCUGUCUGUGGAGCCCAAAAGCACAAUUGUAAUAGUUUCUAUACUGAUCACGUGUAUCGAUUAUCGACCUGCUGAUCUCAGACAUGCUGGACAUUUUUUAUCCACGAUAUUUUUUGCUUGUACGACUGAAACCAGCACGACUCUGCAUCAGGAGCUUUAACCAGUUUAUAUUAACGCAAUAAGUGAAUCAGGGAGUGUUUCUCAAAUCACAUUUUCAGUGUGACUCCAGUUUGUAAAGCUAACAUCUCAAACUAAACCCUCAACCUGGAGCUUCUCUGGUGACCUCAACCCCUGACGACCUCAGGACCAGACCCGCACUGGUUCCCAUUCUUCCCAGUCUUCCUCAGUCCAGAUUGACUCACCAGGGUUCUCAGGUUUAAGAGUACAUUUUGAUCGGACCUGACAAGUGCUGAAGUUUCAUUUAUCAGCCAAUCAGCACACAACAGAGUCUUGGCGUGAAGAAGGAUGGAGUUUAGCCCAGUGAUGCUACGGAGACAGUUGUGCUACCGUAGAGCUACAGAGGUCACGUCCAUCGUCUGAUUCGACAACGAUGUGUUUGAUGGAAAAUUAAUAAUUAACAGUUCAGACAGGAAAGGAUUGUAAGACUGACUUCACAUGUAGACUCAGUUUCUAAAGCCCAGUUCAGACCAAAGAUUCACAUUCUCUAGUCAACAACUCUCUGUGCUUCUGAUCUGUAACGUUGACAGCAGCGACCCACCGUCUGACACCGGCACACCGUGAGGACGGAAACAGAGGGCUCUGUGGGGACGGAGCACCUGCUGCAGCAAGCCAACAUGCCGUCUGUGGUAAUUUUGACUUGACCAGCGGACUUCACUACAAGCUGAUUGGCUGUUGAAACAGGUGACGUACUUUAAAACCAGCCGCCGGCCAUUUGACCAGCUGAGUGUCAGGUGACACCAUCAGCCGGCUUGAGUCCAGCUCAGACCGACCAGUUCACACCGCUGACACUUUUCUCUGCAACGUUCUUAAAUGGUUUCGUCUUGUCACCAAUCUUUGGUCUGAACUGGACUUUAACAAUUACCUCGAUGCAGGUGGGAUUUUACCUGGAGAGCCACCUGACCAGCUGCCUCAACAUGUAGUUUACAAGCUAAUGAUGUAGCUAAGUUGUUAGCUAGCUUCCUCAAGAGCAGACGAAGGAAUCUGUGCAUUUUUUAUAUUUGACUGAAAAACAAUAAUGACUAACGUGAAACUCGAGUCACACUGAAAAUAAACUGAAACAUUAAAGUUGCUGAACAAACAAAGAGCUGACAGACGAUAAAAACAAUCUGAAAUCUGGGGGGGAGGAGUUUAAACGGUGUGUUCGUGUGUAUGUGUGUGUGUGUGUGUGUUAGCUAGUUACUAACUUAUUACGUGUACAUACUGUAAGUCCUAUUUAUACCUAUUUAUCCCAGCUGUGCCUUCACUCUUGCAGCUAGGUGGCGCUGUCUGUUCUUACAGCAGCCUUAUUGAUCAUGUGUCCCAGUGCAUCAUGGGAAGAUAAAUGCAUUUUAAUGUUUAACUCUUAUUGAAGCAGGGAGGAAAAACAACAACAGACUCAUCAUGUACAGAAACCCCAAACAGCCAGAGUAUCACUGGACACACAGAUAGCAUAGCAUCACUCACUGGACUGAGCCGGAAUUGUUUUCCAACGUCAAGAAUAGACCCUCUGGAGGUGCAGCUGCCCCUCCCCCACAGGGCUGUAGGCUACACAGGAGUCUUAAAAUGUGUUUGUCUUGUUGUGUUAUUGGGAGCCAGAAUAGAAGGAGUCAUGGCUCAAAACCAGCCGCCACUGCCCGUCAACAAAAACAAAGACAACUAUGGUUAAAUGUGAUAAGACCAAAGGACUGGACGGAGGCCAUCAUCAAAAAUGCUCACAUGUGCAGCGCACACUUCAUAUCAGGUUAGGGAAAAAGUAUUUCCUGUUGUAGGGAUGAAUAAGGUUAUGUGUAUUAAGGGUUAUCAUGUCCACCUCAUCAGAAACUGGGGAGGGAUUAAGAGGAAGAUUGGAUUUCUCUGCAACGCUAACUUUUUAGCACAUUAGCUAACGUUAGCUUCCAUAGCAAAACAAACAAGUGUGGUCCUCCUUUGUAAGAUUGGCUUCCUGUGACAUCAUCCAUCCACUGAGUGAGAGCAUACGGGUCGGCCAGUCUGGUCCCGUUGGUCAGUGUUUACUUAUUCAAGUAACACUGGCGGUCCCGGAGAGUGAGUGACCUGACAUGGUGCGUUGGUAAAUUCAGUCUGACGCUCUACACUAAAAUGAGAGCCCUGUUGGUGGAAGAAACACAGCAUUAUAUUUCUACAUGAAUGAACCAACGGUUAAGUUAAUCACACAUUCACUCCGCUCGGCGCUCUGCUGCUCCGUCUCCACAGACAGAGUGUCCAGAGUGCGCUCUGCCACUCUGAGAGUGCGCUGCUCUGGAUAACCCAACGCUACAUUCAGACAGCGCUCCCAAUUUAUCAACGCUCCAGUUUGUGUCAGAGUGCGCUCCCACACUCACAAUGAGUGUUUCUGAACGCAACUCUCACAUCAUCUUCCUCCACUGUCUAAAACAAGACAACACAACUUGUUAGCUAGUGCUAGCUAAUGUCUGUGGAGAAUUGUUUUGCCUCCAGCUAAGCCCCGCCCACCAAAAACAUAAUUCUGUUUACUAACAGUAAUAGGCUCUAUUAAGUGUCUAGUUAAACGAUGCUCUGAGUUUAUAACGCACUGUUUGGACCUAUAUGCUCUUAUGUUAUUCUUGUAUGUUUGAAUUGUUGUCGUCAGGAGAAUCAAACUGUGACAUCAGUGAACAAACAGCUACAGCCGCCACGCCACCAGACACCCACGUAUCAGAUAUUUGAAUCAAGACGCCUCAGUGUGUGUUCUCUCUAUGAAGAUGCUGUUUUUAGUCCGCUGAUGUUACAACAGCUACAAACCUUUUGACUGUCGACAGCUAGCAUAUGAUUUUAUCUAUUUUUACUUGGCUGACAGCUACAUGUUACGUUGUUUCUGAUAUUAAGGAGUUGUACUGUCAGACAGGCUGAAUCCAAAUAUCUGACGGACUCACAGUCGUUAUCUUGUAUAAAAAAUCAAUACUAAUCAUUGGAAAUGUUUUUUAUUGAACCAAGACAAAAACCGUUGGGCCACAUGUGAUGUGAGGGUUUGAUCUGUAGGUUUACUGUAGACCACAUGUCCACCUAUCUCUGGUUCGAUGUAGAGCAGCACAAAUAACUGUAUAAAGCAACAAACUUUGAGGUUUCAGGUCAAAAAGCUGGAAACAUUGAUGUGAUGACGUCUGCCUGCAGGUCCAGUUAGAGUUUUGGAUUCAGCCUUGAGAUCAUCGUCUGUGUCUCCAUGGCAACAGUUUGUUGUUUUAGCUAUUGGUUGUUGUUGUUGUGUUUUGUUUUUUUUGUUUGUUUUUUCACAAAGUGAUGAUUCAGCUGGUGUGGAGUUUUAUUUAGUUUUCAUGUGCAACUCUGUGGGACAGGAUACUUCCUGGACUCUCCUAAAGGUGUGUUCACACCGAACGUGAAGCGAAUAUUUUGCAUGGCGAGUUUACGCACAAAGUCAGUGAUGUACAGAGACGGAACAAAACAGGAGAGGGCUCUGAGAUAUGUGAGCGAAGCCAUAGAACUUCAUACUGAGUUCUGAAGAUGUGUAUCUGUGUUUUGUGUAAAGCUGUUUUGUCAAGUUGCUUUUUAGCAAAAUGUUCUGAGAAAUUAAAACUGGUCUUUUAUUGUGGAAGGCAACAGAAGGGGGAAGCAGUAACAUGCAGCUGUGGCAGUAUGAAAAGUAAGUGUUGACAUCUUGGUUCAGAACACGUUCUGUCGGGUGUACUUUGCUGUAAACCAAGUUAGCUGUUAGUUGCCUUCCAGUCAGUUACAAUGCUGUUAAGGGCGAAUAUUCGCCAGUUGGGAAAUACUCCAAAAAUCACCACAGUGGCCAUUUUUGUGUGGCUAACACACGCAAAAAUUCGCUUCGCAUUCUGUGUAAACACGGCUUACAUCCUGGACUCUCCUGACAGGAUACUUGCUGGACUCUGCCUACAGUAUACUUCCUAGACUUUCCUGACAGGAUACUUCCUGGACUCUGCCUACAGGAUAUUUCCUGGACUUUCCUGAUAGGAUAUUUCCUGGACUUUCCUGACAGGAUAUUUCCUGGACUCUCCUGACAGGAUACUUCUGGACUUUCCUGACAGGGCACUUCCUGGACCCCCGUUGUAUGUUUUCGGUGUAAAUGGACACCAGCUGAAACCGAACCCAUCGGCCGAUAAAUAACUGGACUCUUUUCUGCUGCUGAACUGAACCAGAACCAGAUGUUGUUAUAAACGAGGCGUUUGUGGAACGAUCUUCCUCCUGCUGGUCCCAGCUUCUCUACUUUUCUUCUUCUAAUAUUUCUGAUGAUUAUCGCUGUUUAAUCUGAACAUCUCUCCUCUGUGUUUUUGCCUGGUGUGUUUUUUGAGCCUGUGUUUGACCCGUAGUUGUAGUUCUCUGAUCAUAUUAGAAUUCUGCAUGCGUGUGAUGAUGAUGAUGAUGAAGAUGAAGAUUUACGGUGCUUCUUUAAGCUAAUUUCUUUUCAAAUAAAGACACACGUCGGUGUCACUGAUGAUUUAUGUAGAUGGAUGACGAAGGUCAAGUUUGACCUUUGACCUCCUGAUCUCUGUACAGUUUUCUAAUCUUCUGGGACAGGAUGAAACAGAUCCUCAGCUCUGAUUGGUCGAGCUCUGUUUGUUACUGAAACGUUUUUUCUACAAGGGAAUAAAAACUUUAAAGGGUUUGUAUAAAAUGAAUCCAGAAUCAGUUGUAAAGAAGCACAGACUGCUUUUCUACUGAUUGUGUACAGUUUGCUAACAGUGUGUAAAUGUGCCUGUAAAUACCUGUCUGAGGAUGAUGAUGAUGAUGAAGACGAGUCAGUCUGCAAUGGAAAUGCGUUUUUAUUGUGAAGAGGCAGGAGGCCAAACACAAUUUGUAUCAUGUAAAAAUAAAGUUAUAAUUUUAACAGUUGA